AUGAGUGGUCAAAUGCCCAAUUGCUUAGGAAACUUCAAUGAAGUUGAGAUUCUUCAUUUAAAUAACAAUAACUUUAGUGGUCAAAUUUCCCAAUUCUUGGGAAACAUGAGUACUGAUCUUAAAUCGUUGAGUAUCAGUUCAAAUAAUUUUCAAGGAAAAAUUCCUGCAAUAACCUGUGAUAAAUUGAUUGCUUUGGAUCUAGGUUCAAAUCUGUUGGAAGGUUUUGAGCCAAGAUUUUUAUCGAACUGUGUAUCAUUGGAGAUUUUAAAUCUUGAAAAUAAUUUGCUGAAUGAAGCAUUCCCUCACUGGUUGGAUACACUUCCAAACUUAAAAGUCCUUGCCCUACGCUCCAAUAACUUAUAUGGUUCAGUUAGAAGUAUGAAAAAUGUAGAGAAAGAAGAUAAGACAAGACCAGAGUACAUAGAAACUCUUGGAGGUUAUUUCGUUUCAAUUGAGGUCAAGGGUAUUGCUAUACAAAUUACUAGAAUCCCAGUAAGCUUGGUAAGCAUUGACUUUUCAAGCAACAAAUUUGAAGGUGAUAUUCCAAAAUCAUUAGGAGAAUUGGGUAUGGUGUGUUGGCUAAACUUUUCACAAAAUAGCUUAACAAAUCAUAUUCCAUCAUCUCUUGGGAGUCUAAAACUCUUAGAGUCCCUUGAUCUUUCGAACAACAAGCUUACUAGAAAUAUUCCGCAAGAGCUAGCAAGCUUGACAUUUUUAGAAGUCUUCUGUGUCUCACUUAAUCAGCUUGAAGGGCCAAUACCACAAAGCACUCAAUUGACUUCAAUGGGUGAAAACUCGUACGUUGGAAGUCGUGGAUUAUGUGGACUUCCAUUACGUGUAAAGUGUGGAGCCCCACCAAUGCCGAUGAUUGAUUCCAAGGGUAAAGCUGAUAGUCCAUCAUCUUGGUACGACAAUCUUCAUCCAUGGGAAUUCGCUCUUGUGGGAUGCAAAUACGGCUUGGGUUUGGGUUUCCUUGCCACUUACAUCAUGUGGAUGAUUGAAAAACCUUUCUGUUUUACGAGAGUAACAUACCAACUGGAAGUUCAAAUGAUACAUGCUAUUCUCACUUAA